CCACCCUCCAACUCCCCUGCUCCCCAUGGGGCUCCCUCCGAACCAGGUAUGGACCCGCGAGCAGGUCGCCACGCGCAUUCUCGCGGGCGACUCGCUCUUCGUCCUGAACGGCAACCUCGUGCGCGUCCCGCCCUCCUGGCUCGCCGCCCACCCCGGCGGCAACCUCUCCAUCCUGCACUUCGUCGGGCGCGACGCGACGGACGAGGUCGAGGCAUUCCACUCUGACGGGACGCUCCAGCGCAUGCGCGGCUUUAUCAUCGGCCGCGUGGAGAUAGGCGACGACGGAUGGGUGCCGUUUGUGCCCCCGAUCGCGAACGGCUGGGUGCGCAGGGCGGGCAAGGACGGCAAGGCGGAGUGGUACAACGAGGCGCGCCCGCUGAGGCCAGCGGAGGGCGACGCUGUGCCCACUUCGCAAAUUCUGCUCCAGACGCGGUCGGAAAACACGACGGAGAGCGGGCCCACGCUAGACAUGCUGCAGGCCGCGCAGAACGACCUCACGAUGAAGAACGAGAAGCUGAACUCGGACGCGUACAAGGAGCUGCACAAGCGCGUCGUCGACGCGGGACUAUACAAGACGCGCUUCGUCACGGGCUACGGGCCCGAGUUCGUGCGCUAUACGCUGCUCGGCGUGCUGGCUGCGGUCUGCUACCACCACGGCUGGCUGGUCACCAGCGCUCUCUCCCUGGGGCUGUUCUGGCAGCAGCUCACAUUCUUCGCGCACGACCUCGGACACGUUGGCGUCACGCAUGACUGGACGCUCGACCGUCUGAUAUCUAUUUUUGUGGCCGACUUUCUCGGCGGACUGAGCAUCGGCUGGUGGGUCAACAAUCACAACGUGCAUCACUUGGUCCCUAACCAUCCCACCCACGACCCGGAUAUCCAGCACCUGCCCUUCCUCGCGAUCUCGCCCGUCUUCCUGAAGUCGCUCUGGUCCUCGUACUACAAGCGCGAGAUGACGUUCGACGCGUUCGGCCGCUUCUUCGUCUCGAUGCAGCACAAGCUCUUCUACGUCGUGCUCUCGCUCGCGCGCUUCAACCUCUACGCGAACUCGUGGGGCUACCUCGCGAAGACCGCGUUCGAGCCCCGCCGCGCCCGCGGCGGGCGCUGGUGGUGGUGGGCCGAGAUCUUCUGCCUCAGCCUCUUCUUCCUCUGGUUCGGCGCCAUCCUCAAGGGCUGCGGCUCGUGGCGCAGCGGGCUCGUGUACCUGCUCGUCAGUCACAUCGCCGCGAGCCCGGUACAUGUGCAGAUUGUGCUCUCGCACUUCUCGCGCUCUACCGAGGACAUGGGUCCCGUCGAGUCGUUCUUUUCGCGCCAGCUGCGGACGACAGUCGACGUGAUCUGCUCUCCGCGCAUCGAGUUCAUUCACGGCGGUCUCCAUUUGCAGGUGACCCACCAUCUAUUCCCCCGUCUGCCAAGACACAACCUCCGCGAGGCGAGCUUGCUCGUCAAGGACUUCGCGAAGGAGCGCAAUCUGGAAUACGCCGAGUUUGGGUUCGUAGAGGGCAAUGGGGAAGUCAACGGUGUUCUGAAGCAAGUCGCCGACCAACUCAAAAUCGUGCAUAUGGUGGCCGACUCGGAGAUCCGAGAAGCCAUGAAGGAUUAGAUCUUAGACUCAGUGGUCACUGCUUGAAUGUUUAUUGUCGGAAUAGACAUGUAUCGACGUCGCGGUUCAUGCGGG